AUGAUCGCCUCUCAGGUUCUGGCGACCUUCGCCAUGCUCGUCGCUUCCGUCAUCGGUACACCUUUCCACCAGAUUGCCCGGGAUGAUGCAGUCACCACUCUCGACAAACCGACAGUUCAGCCACCGGCUGUCAAUCUUGAUGAGUAUCUCCAGCUCCCCUCCUUUCCUUACGAGGUCACGCCCUGGGACAAUGGCAAGAUCAACUACGCAUGCAAGAAGAUCUUCACUACGGAGGACUACAAACUCGAGGAUAUUGAAAUGUUCCAUGUCACCUACGAUGAUUGCUACAUGCCGUGGGUCAUGUGUCGCCACAAAGACGCCCAACACACCAUGAACAGCACUGCUCACGCCAUCGCCUCCAUCCCUGUAGGGAUGCGCCAAUACCUGCGCCACGUCGUUGUUCUUCCUAAGGACGAUCCGGAACUUGGCCCAGACUUCUACAACGAUUUCGACAGUAUUAUACUCAAGGGCAACACUAGCUUGCACAACAUCAUCGCUGCGAUUGCCAAGUCGCUCGGCACGUACGGCGCUCAGCAGGGUAACGGAUACUGGAAUACACAAUCCUGGCUCGACGCCUACCAUAAAGACACCGCUGUCCUCAAUCCUACCUGCCAGAUCAACGAGGAGGAGAACUUUGCGCAAAUGACUGUCGUUGCUAUCGCGGACUACCAGCGUCCGGGCACUUGGGAGCCGUACCGUAUCCCUGAGUUUCACAAGAUCCGGAACCAGGUUCAACAUAUCAGACAAGAUUUGGGGAAGCAUUUUGAGGUCGGGACCGGCAACAGGUGCACGCGGCGGCCUCUGGAGGACAGUCCUGUUGAGUUGCCGGGGGAGCUGCCUCCGGUGGAGUGA